AUGCGGCCCCGUCUUUUUUCCAUCUCUUCCGCGCCCUCCCUCGAUCUCGCUGAGAUUCACCUUACAGUGGCCGAGCUAUCGUGGCAAACGCCCCUGAAACGCAGCCGCAAAGGAAUGUGCAGCUCUUACCUCGCCGCUGCUGUCGCUGGAGAUGUGUUUACAUGCUUUCUCUGGCGUGGUUCCUUGCCUGUGCCGUCCAAGCCAACACCUUUGAUCUGCGUGGGCACAGGGACGGGCAUUGCGCCUUUGCGUUCGCUUAUUCGUGAGUGUGCGGCCUCCACAAGUGUCUGGGGCGAUGUUCCUAUAUUACUUGUCUUUGGCUGUCGCCACGAAGGAAAGGACUACCUUUACGCGGACGAGUGGAAGGAGUUGAGCCGGGAUCGCCUGAAGCAGUUGAAGGUGUUGCCUGCCUUCUCCAGGGAUGGAGACAAAAAAUUUUAUGUGCAACACCAGCUCGGUCGUCACGCAAGGCGUGUGGCGGCCUUGCUGGACGAAGGUGCUUGCAUUUACGUAUGCGGCAAUUCCACUCCGAUGCCCAAAGAUGUCGCACUGACCUUUGAAGACAUUGUCACUCAGUGCUGCUGCGGCGGUGACGAGGUGCGAGGCCAGGAAUACAUGAAACAGCUUCGGAAGCAAGGUCGAUACGUGGUGGAUUCGUGGUCGGCGUAA